AUGUAUUAAGAAUUAAUAGCUACACAACAAAUUAUUAAUAAUUAUUUAUUAAUUAGUUAAUAAUUAGUUUCGAAGUAAGGAUAAAUGGACUAGAAGGUUUAAAAAAGUAAAAUAAAAUAAAUUUUGACCUAUGUAUUUUCAGAGGAUAGGUUAUUAGGAGAAGGAGCGUUCGGAGUAGUUUACAAGGGUGAAGAUAAAAAUACAAAAUAAAAGGUUGCCAUUAAAUAAAUCUCGCAAAGUAAAUUUUAGAAUGACCCAAUAGUGCUAAAAAAUUUGAAGAGAGAAAUUGAGAUUAUGCAAGAUUUAAAGCACGAAAACAUAGUUCAACUUUUUAAUUUUACAUAUACAGCUAGCAACGUUUAUAUCAUCUUAGAAUAUUGUGAUGGCGGUGAUAUCCUUUCACUCAUGAAGAAGAAUGAGGGUAAGAGGUUUUCUGAAGAAAUCGCUAUUAAGCAUUUUAGACAGAUCACUGAAGCUUUUAAAAUGCUCCAUUCAAAGGGUAUUAUACAUAGAGAUAUAAAGCCAGCUAAUAUACUUCUGCACAAAGGGAUAGCUAAGAUAUCUGAUUUUGGGUUUGCUAGAAUGCUUGAUCAGACUAAUCUCAAUUCACAAUAAAAGUUAACAGCUUUAGGCUCUCCUUUGUAUAUGUCUCCCUAAAUACUGUCUCAGGAGCAGUUUUCAAGCAAGUGCGAUAUCUGGUCUCUUGGGGUUAUGUUUUAUGAAAUGAUUUACGGCAGAACUCCUUGGACAGCUCAGAGUUAAAUAGAGCUUUUAAAUAAAAUAAACUCUCAGCCCUUGUAAUUUCCUUCAGAUGUCAUAAGUUCUUAUAAUACAAAGGAUAUCAUAGUAAGAAUGCUUAAAGUCUAAGAAAAUGAAAGAAUUUCAUGGGAAGAGAUAUUUGCUCAUCCUUUACUUUCCGAAGAAGAUUAGUAUGUAUUAGAAACAGCAGUUCAGAAUAACAUCUCUCAUUUAGAAUAAUUCAAAAUAAUUGGAUUAUUUAACAAUAACAAUCAGUAUUAUGAGUUUUUUUAGCAACAAAGCUAACUUUAACAAGCACAGAAAAACCAAUGCAUUUUAAUCGAUUGCGUAGUCCUAUUUCAUAGAAAUAAGUAUGUCUUAUUUAAUAUUCUAGCUAGCCAUAUUUGUCUGCUUAAAUUAAGAUCAGAACUACCUGUUUCCAAUGAAAUAUUCCUCAGUGCUUGCUUCUUGUAUUUGAAGCUGUUUUUGGGAUAAAUAAAAAGUACUGCUGAAGCUCUUAAAGGAAAUGAGAUAUUUGAUCCUAAUUUUGAUCAAUAAGAUUUCUAAAACUAUAAAAACUCAAUAUUAUUUUAAUAAUCUACUAGCCUAAUUGAAUAAGACUUCAAUAAAGCGAACUGUCUUUACCAAUAAAUAAUUUCAAAGAUUGUAAAUAGAUAUUAAAUCUAAAUUUAAUAAUAACAACCAUAUCUAAGUGGUGAAAUUUAACUACUCAAGCAGUAGUUGAGCAAUUUAUAUGAAUUAGAUGAAUAGUUUAUGCUUUUUUAUAACUAAGUCAUGAACUAAUUUAUCUCAGCUAUAAUUGAAAAAAACAAUUUACUUGACAUAGAACAUAAAAAAAAGCUAUACACCAUCCUCAAAUAUUGCUUCAUUGUCUAAGAUUUUGAUGCAUAUUUUUAAUUUGAUGCUAGCAACCCAAAUAUUUAACAAUUCCUUUCUUUCUACCAUCAUAAUGACUAAAUAAGCUUUUAAGAGCUCUAAAAAGAAGUUGAUAUUUAAAUAGAAUAACUCCUUAAAUCUGGAUGA